UGUGUUCACGGUCUCUCCCUCUCUGUGUUCGGACAGUUGGACAGAGUUUGGUGCGGGCUCCGUUUUUCACUUUUUUCACUUUUUUUUUUUUUUUUUGUAAUUCUGUGUAUCGCAGCUUCUUUUGUGACCGAGAUGUUGGAGGUGGUCGCUUCGCCAAAAUGAACAUAGACUGCACCAAGCCUUCUGUUGCUCCAAAGCCAAGAUUUGUUUGUCACACCAGUCUGAAGCUGUCCUCCCCUCUCAUGUCUGCAGCCAGGGGUCCCAAACCUUCUAUUGCUCCCAAACCUAAAGUCACACCAGAGCUUAAUGGCAACCAGGGAGGAUUCAGUAAUGGCAUUUUACUAACUUCAGAUGGCGAGGUUGAUGAAGAGCACGAGACGGAGAAUGGUCUAAACAAAGGGAUUACAUCAGAGGAACAAUUUAACCCCUACGUCCUAAAUUCACUACAAAAAGAUAUAAAGAAUGUGUCACAGGGGACGACGGCGGACCGAGUGGUGACAGAAGAGGAAAAGGAAGAGGUAGAAGUCAUGAUUCAGAAGAUGGAUGAGGACUGGAGAUUAACUGACAGUGCUCUAACAGAGGAAGUGGACUCCAUGGAAACACUGUGGGUCAGUGAUGCUGGACUCACAGCUGACUCGGAGGAGGCAGUGGAGAUGAUUGACACGGACAUGACAGAGGACAUGGACACUGAAGGUUGUGAUGCAGGCGAGGCGCUGGCUGACACAGAUGGCCUCUCAGUGGGUGAUAUUUCUGUCGAUAGCAUUGAUGAGGAGGCAGGCUGCUCCUCUGCUGAAAAUGAAGACAUGAAGGAGAGGCAGGAAAAGCUCCAAAUCAAGGAUACCGGUGACUGUACAGCAGAUGAUUUAACUGAGUCUCUCACAGAUGAACCUGAUAUCCUCAUCAGUGAAAACAUGAAGGACACUGAUAAACAACAAGUUUAUCUAUCAGAGGAGAAAGAGGAAGAUUCUGUUUCUGAUUGUGGCAUCACUUGCAACAUCCUGAAGUUGAAGUUUGGCCAUAAAAUGAAAGAAAAUUGUGAAAACCUACAGAAAAUUAGUUUUUUUGACUUUAUGCCUGAAGACCAGAAAAGGUUCUGUGAUACAACUAAGAGACAUGUUGCCUUAGAGGGUGAUCCAAUCCAUGAGCCUUAUUAUGUCUCUUCAGAGGACAUUAUUAACAGAGAGAUGAUGCCAAAAAAUAACUUAGCUCGUGGACUGUCAGAUAGUCCACGAACACCACAGAAGCUCUCAUCUGCAAACAGCAGUGGAAUAUCAGCUCUGAACUGUGAGGAAACAGCAGAAAAUGGACAAAUAGGGUGCAUUUCUUCUGAGCGUUACGUGGAGAUUAGUAACAGUGAUGAGUACAGCUGCAACAAUAGUGAUGGGAACAAGGUAAGAACAAGUCAGAAAGGGACAUCUUUUAAAACUGAGGAGCACAAAGCUCAUACAGGGGAGGCCUUGUUGAAUCAUUUGGACUGCCAACCGAGGUUCAGGCUGGUGUCCAUCUCAGUGCCAACGGACACUGACACCUCGCUGACCUCUUCUCUCUCAGAAAGCCAGCUGCUUUCCCCAAACGAUUCAGAUGUCUUUAGAGACGAGGACGACCUGGAUGGUCACAUAGUGCCGUUUCUGGACGACACCACUGAUACGGAGCAGGACAUCAGCGAUGAGCAUGUUUAUGAGGAGCCAGGGCACAUUUUGGAGGGUGAAAAUGUUUUUCCAUUUGACAGGAAGGCCACGGGGAUGCAAUCCCGCACACUGUCCUACCGCAUUAAUAACAACGUGGCUGAGAUGGGAGUGCAGUUUGUUCAGAGGCCCUACAUGAGUGGAUUUGGACAACCUGCACUGAGCAGCAGCCCCAUGUUAAACUCAACGCGGCACAAGAGCUACUCCAAACCCCACUAUUUGUCCUUGCACCCCCGCUCAAUCUCCAUGGAGGGACAAGACAUGCCACUGUGUGUCUACAGAGACACAGAAGAAUCUCAGAGACAGAGAGGUGCCAUUUGUUCAUCCGGAAGCUUCUCCAGGUGCUCACCUUUGUCAUCCAGUGGCCUGUCCACUCCAACAUCUGUAGUGGAUAUCCCUCCUCCGUUUGAUCUGGCCUACAUCACCAAGAGGCCUAUCACAAAGAGUUCCCCCUCACUUCUCAUCGAGGGAGACUCGUCGGAGAAAAACAGGAAAAAGAAAUCCUCCAUUAAGCGCUUCCUGAUGCUUAAGUUUAGGCGGAAAACAGAGAGCAAGUCUGUGGUGGAUGUCAACCCUUCCUCCUUAAAGUCCUCAGCUGAGUCCAGCCACCACCUGCCCAACAGACUGCUGGAUUUAGAUAGACACAGCUUAAGUACCUCUCCACAGCUCAACUCACGCUUGGCUAGUAAACCUCAAGUUUCACCUGAGUCCAACUCCACCUUCUUGUUCUACAAGGAAAGCAAAAGAAAAGAGAGCUCUGUGGCCUUCCUCAAUCGCAGCGUUGUCCGAGUGGAGUCCUUUGAGGACCGCUCCCGUGUGCCUUUCAUACCUCUUCCCCUGACCAAGCCUCGCUCAAUCUCCUUCCCCAAUGCAGGUACCUCCGACUAUGAGAAUGUUCCUGCCAUCAGCUCGGACUAUGAGAACCUCCAGGUCCCACAGCGGAGGCCUGUUCGACAGGGACCCUUCACGGACUUCUUUGACCGUCCCAGUCGAGUGCUGUCGUCUGCCAAUGACACGGACGGUUAUGUGGAAAUGAGCAGCCUCCCUGGGUUCAAGAGCAAAACUCAGUCACCUGAGGAGGAAGCAGAAAGUGCCUAUACAGAAGCCUACAAUGUGUGCUCGGUCGCUGUUGGCCCACAGAGUAGUUCAGUGGGUGAUGUCAGGGGAGAGACAGCGGGUGAGGAUGACCAGGGGCGCACAUCUGAGGAGGAAGAAGGAGGUGCAGACUGCAAUUAUGACAGACAGCCUGAUGGCCGAUCCAGAGCCUUUUACAUCGCAAAAGAACUUGUGGAUACAGAGAUAUUGCAUUUGAAAGCUCUCAAGCUUCUCCAGGAAGACUUUCGGGACUUGGUGGGUGCAGCCGUUGGGGACGAGGGGGAACCUGUGUUGAAAGAAGAGAGGCUUCGAGAGAUUCUCAACGAGCUGCCGGAUGUUUAUACCCUGCACAGCAGAAUCCUCACUGAGCUGGAGAAUCGAAUCCGACACUGGGAGGAGAGCCAGAGGAUCGCAGACAUCUUCCUGUCCAGAAAAGCAGAGUUCUUGGUUUUUACCACUUACAUCGGCCACUAUGACCGAAGUAUGAGCCUGCUGGAGGACAGCUGCCGGACCUCACCUGCCUUUGCAGCAACUGUUCACCAGUUUGAGCAGCGGAGUCCAGGCGGGGAAAAGGUUUCGCUCAAACAUCAGCUCCUCCAGGUCAUAGUGCGUGUUGCUCAGUACCGCAUGCUCCUCACCGAUUACCUGAACAACCUCUCCCCUGAUUCCAAAGAAUAUGAAGACACCCAAGCUGCUGUGGCGAUAGUGUCUGACAUUGCAGAUCAAGUGAAUGACAGUUUAAAACAUGGGGAGAAUUUGCUGCGUCUGGUCAACAUAGAGUACAGUGUUCAUGGCCAGCGAGACCUGCUGCAACCUGGCAGGGUUUUUGUUAAGGAGGGCACCCUGAUGAAGGUCAGCAGGAAGAGUCGACAGCCCCGGCAUCUGUUUCUGAUGAACGACGUGUUGCUCUACACCUACCCUCAGCAGGACGGGAAGUACAGGCUGAAGAACACUCUGCCACUCGCAGGGUUAAAGGUUGGUAAACCCCUCGUCGAAAAUGUCCAAAAUGCACUGAAGAUCGAAGGGAGAGACAUAUCCAUCACUUUGUCUGCAAGUUCCUUCAUCGAAAGAGAGGACUGGUUUUACACUCUAAGUCGCACUGUAACUGAACACACUAAGGGAUCUGUAGCAUCCAACAGCUGCUCAGGAGAGGCCAGAGAUCGUCUGCAUCUGUCUCUAGGAGAGAAAGCUCCCACACUCGUUCCAGUCUCACAAGUGAUGAUGUGUAUGAACUGCACCUCAGAUUUCAGCCUCACUCUUCGUAGACACCACUGCCAUGGCUGCGGGAGAAUUGUUUGUCGGAGCUGCUCCAGGAACAGAUAUCCACUGAAAUACAUGAAAGACCGCAUGGCCAAAGUGUGUGAUCGCUGUUACAACGAGCUAAAGAAGAGAGGGGGAGAUGUGUCUUCACCGCCCUGUAAAAGUAGCCCUCGUCCAAACCGCUCCAGCCGUCCUCUCUCUGCUGUGUUCCAAAACAUUCAUCCUCCCAACAUUUGGAGACAUCGGAAAGGCACCGUCUCCUUUAAUCAGGUGACAGUAUCAGAGGAAGGCUCCAUUAGUGGCAGUCUACAGUGCAGCAAGAAGAGCAAGAGGAACUGGAAGAGACUGUGGUUCCUCCUAAAAGACAAGGUGCUUUACACCUACCGAGCUCAAGAGGAGAAAGUAGCAUCAGAGAGUUUGCCUCUGUUGGGUUUCACAGUGAAGCUGCCUGACCAGCAGGAGGGAGAGGAGGAGGCUAACGUCUUCCAGCUUUACCACAAAAACACUUUGUAUUACACCUUCAAGGCUGAGGACAACUACACAGCCCAGAGGUGGGCAAAUGCCAUGGAGGAAGCCACAGUUUUAUAGGACCAGCUACUCUGGCAGGCUACUGAAAAUAGAAGUCUGCUGCCUUUCUUCUGAUACAAAUUCCUGUCCCUAAAAAAAUCACCCAAUGUGAAACCAAAAAGGGCAGAUGGGGAAUAAAAAAACAGUAUUUGAUUAUGUCUGCAAGCUGUAACUUGCCUGGCUGGACUGAAGAAAAGAAGACAUUUUGUUCUUUGAGAGGGGACACGAUCACCUACUUUGUCACCCUGCCCGCUGUUACAGCAGGUGUGAUGCUGAGAGCCGCGAGAGGCUGUGGCCCAGAUACCCGCCAGCGUGGAGCAUUACAUUGAAGUGGCCUGUAUUUCCCCCGGCAGCUGAUAAGUGGCUGUCCUCCAAAUCAAUGGGAAGAUUGUGGAUUUUUGGAAAAGAAAUAUAUAUUCUCCGAUUUUAACUUUUCUUCGACAUAUCCAAUAUUUUAAGACAACAUAAACAAAUCAUUUCAAUAACAUACGCAGUCAUUUUACUGUCGUUUUCAGGGAGGAGCAAAAAAUAACAAAAAAAUUCAACCUCACACAGAGAUGCCCAAAUCUGGAAUGGCCUGAUUUUCAGUUGAAAAAAUUAUUAGUUAUGCCUUUGUUUCAACAUAUGUUCUUCCACUGGAUUAAAUGCAUCUCCAUGACUAAUACUUUGAAGCACAGGCUGAAUCACAGAAUGAGUCAUUUUAUAUGUAAAGAACUGUAGCUUUUCCAUGUACUGUAUUGUUGGAGAUGGUCCUGCCAGUGAAUACAUAGAUUCUAUGCUUUUUUGCACUGAUAUAAAGAGGAAUGAACCUGAAAAAGGGAUCAAAAAAGCUUCAGCUACUGUACUUUACUUACUUAAUUUACUUAACAUACUUUUUUAUUGGGAAAAUGUGGAGAAGUUAGUCUUUAUUGUUUUAAAUGCCUAUAACAAUUGUAAUGUAAAUUCAUAUUUGUGCACAGAUUUGUUGCCCUGGACUGAACCAUGACUCACUGAUUUCACUGAUCUACGUAAUCAGUGUUUCAGACUUUGUACUGUACUUGAUGAUUUAUUAAAUUUAUUUCUAACACUGUUAUUUUAAAAUCAAGUAAAAGAGGAUGUAAUGAUGGAAGCAGUCUGUGUCUGUGGCUUCUCUCUAUCCUCCUCAUGUCCUCUAGAUGGCAGGCAGACUAAACAUUAAAGUACAGGAGGCUGUUUUGACUUCCUGUCACUGUGUCCUUGCUGAUGGAGCUCAAGAUAUAUGUUAAAAACAGGAACAUUUCCCACUGUGCUGCCAAACUUUUUGCACUCCACUUGUAGCACCCCCUGUAUGAGCAUAUCCCGCCUUUGCUGGCAUGUAAUCCGUGUGUGGCCUGUUCUGACGAAACACCAAGCUGAUGAGGGUUUCAGAUCACACUCCUGAGCUGCUCGGGACGACAUCGGGGACUGAGUGUUACACAGACCCGUGUGCUGUGCGGCCAAAGAAAGGCCAGGCCUGCUCUGCUGUUCGUCUCCCCCUGAGGUUUCCUGACCCAGAAUAGUAUAUGGCAGAAAGUUUGCUUUCUGGGGCUCCUGAAAAGUUGCAGACACCUCGUCCUAUAUAGAGGACAGAUCAUUCAUCUCUCUCUUCUCCCUCUCUAGCCCCAGUUCUGUUUUCUCCCUCCCUUUAUUGCCUUCAUCAAAUAUCUUAGUCGUGUUUUCUUUGCCUUUGCUGCUGUUGGUUAAGACACAAUACACAUGUUCCUUAGAAACAACAGCAUUUUUUCGUCCCACACUUCCUGUACCUGUUCCUUCUCACUGUAUCCUUCCACUGGAAUAACUUCAUUUUAUUGGCUAUGGUCCAGUGUUGAGUGAAAAAUGUGCUUGUUUUGUCUUUAUAUAACACUAAAACAGAGAAAUCUCGAGAAGAAAUCAUGAAUAUAAAAGUAUAGUCUGUCAAUUACAGUUAUAUGUAAAACAGAGCUCUAUCGUGUUUGUAUUUUUACCAUACUUAGGUUUGUGAUUUUUCUGGUUUCACCAAAGCAGCAAGAAACAGAAAAUUGUUGACUUGUGAUAGCUGAAGAGUAACUGGGACUAAAACUGGCAUGUCCAAUCUCGCUUUUAAAGAUUGUCUGUGUGC